CCGAUGAAACUCCCAAUGCUCCCCUGCAAUGUUGGCACUGCAGCUCAGAUACCGCUGGAGCUGAAAACUUUUGCGGCGAAGAAUUUAGUGAGGAUAGCAUACCCUGGGAUUUGAUGAAGGAACGCAAUCUAAGUGCUAUGCGUUCUUGCAGCAGCACCAUCAAAUCGGAACAUGAGAGACCUGUGUGUCGCAAAACCAUUGAAGAAAUCAAUGGCAAGACGGUGGUGAAACGUUUCUGUUACUACACCAACAAAUCGGACACCCUAAAUCACUGCAUGGAUGACCCCACGGAGAAAAAUGUUCGCCGGGUGUUCUGUGAAGAUUGUCUCACAGAAAAAUGUAAUGGCGCCACUAUGAUGGGCGGCAAUGUCCUGACAUCGUUGUUUGCAGCCCUGGCAGCAGUAAUAGCUGUGUUUAUUGGCCAAAAAAUUUAAAUGCCCCUAAAAAAGGUCGUUGAAUAUUCAGCAUAUUUCGCAAGUGUUAAGCAAAGUUAAAAAGAGAACAACCAACAAAAGAAAUCCACCCUCCCUCCCUCCCUCCCUUAUUCCCUUUUUUCCUAACUUUCGUUUUGAAGAUUAAGCCUAAAUGUGUUUUGGUUAAGAAAUUUCAAAAGAUUACAUUUUCCUUGAACAACUUAUGGACAAUUUUUGUUUUUUUUUUUUUUUCAAUUAUUUUUAUUCAUUUUGUGAUAUUUAAAUUUUUUUUUUGUUAUGGUUUUACAUUUAAAUAAAAAGAUUUAAAAUUAAGUAUAGCCUUAAGUACAUGUUUUUUAUAAAAUCUAUAUUCGAUUUAGUUUUUCUAAAGAGGCCAAUCAUAAAUUCAUAUUUUAUAAGCAAAAAAAACCUUCCAAACACACAUAUGGACACCAACACACACUCAAAAACACUCUAACACCCCAACACCCAUGCAACAACAAAAGAGAGUACCCAGAGCAAGGUGCUGACACAUACAACAGACAUUCAAUAUUUGGUGUAUUUCCCUUUCCCCCGACAGCAGUGUAUUGUCAAAACAAAUUUACCUAAAUGUAGCUUAGUCUCUGUAAUUUCAUUUAACUUAGCUCUCGAAACUCAAAUUAUGGUUAAUUUUUACAUUUUGUAAUCAUUAAAUUUUAAUUUACUGUGAUGUUAUCAUUAAUUGUAUUUUUUUUUUU